AUGGCGAAGCAUGGACUCCAAGGUGGUGCCUUCAAGAAGGGCACGACACCGAAAGCCGCCACCGUCCGAUCACGGAGAUCAAGUUUUCACCCGGAGCAACAUGGAGAGAAGAGAGCACCACGACUGAGCCUUCAUGAAGGACACGACGCCCGCGGCGCCGCCACCGUCGGCCAGAGAAGACCGGCCCCCGCCUAUGAAGAUGCCAGCAACCGCCCUGCCUCGAACAUCGCCAGAGCCCCAACAAAGAGCACACAGCCGAGGAAAGGGGAAGGAGGAGUGGACGCAUCCGGACCGGUGCACCCCCGCACCGGCGACGGGUGGCCAUCGGGGCCUCCCAUCCCUCCUGAGAACUCCCCACCGGACACACCCCCGUGUCACCUCACCAUGGCGCCCGCCGCAGCUCGACGCGAGGCCACCAACGGCAGCCCGCCCAACCAUCGACCAAAAGCGCGAAGCCAGCCCGCACCCGCAGCCAAGAGCACUCACCGGAAGAGCCAUCCCGCGCCGCUCGCCGCCGUCCAGGGGCCGGAACAGGGGAGCCACGACUGGAGGACGGCCAGGGCGCACCACCAGCACGCGUGCCCGCCGCGAGCCCGACCACCGCGCGCUGCACGCAGCAGCGGAAGCACGCGCGCCCGCCGGCGAGGCGCCGCGCGCCGCCCGCGCCCGCCAUACCGCCAGAUCUGGCCGAGCCCAGACCUGGCCGCCACCGCAGCCACGAGCGCGAGCCGCCCCGUGCAGCCCACCGCGCCGCCACCAAGCCCUCGCUACCCCGCCGCCAGGGCCUGCGCCUCCGCGCCCCGCACCAGCGCGAAGCACCGCCGUCCGCCGCCGCCCCACGCCAACAGCCUUCGAGCGGGAUGA